CAAAUGGCGGCGGCCAUGCCUGAGCGGGGACAGCGCCCAUAGCGGGGUCCCGUCCGCCUCCUCCCUCCUUGUCACAGCUCAUGGCGGGCGGCGAGGAGAACGGGGCAGGAGAAGGCAGCCUCGGGGAGCCGCUCCCCGCUUCUGACGGGCCGCCGCAGCCCCUCGCUGAGGGGCUCGCCGAGGAGCGGCCCCGGCCCGGCCCGCCCCACCGCGAGGAUGAGGAGGAGGAGGAAGAGUCGGAGCGCUCGGAGGGUCCCUUGGAGGGGGUGUUGGAUGAAGACACCGCCGCUGAGGGACUCCACACCUUCGGCCGCUCCGCCCCUGGCACUGAGUAUGUUUAUCUUCAUCUGUCACUUCCAGGUCGUGACUUGAGUGACAUCAGCAUUCUCUCUGGAUACGUUCACCUGCAGAAAAUGGACCUUUCCUGCAAUAAAAUUAAUGACCUUUCCUGUGUCAGCCACAUGCCUUACUUAGUAGAGCUGAAUGCUUCCAAAAACCAGCUCACCACGUAUUUCAAUUUUAAAGCACCCAAAAACCUCCGGGAAGUGGACUUUUCCCACAACCAGAUCCCAAAAAUGAAGGAUUUGUCCGCCUACCACGCGCUCACCAAGCUGCUGCUGGACUGUAACGAGCUGGCCGAGGUGCGGGGGCUGGAGCGGUGCCGCAGCCUGAGCCAGCUGGGGCUGGCACACAACCGGCUCGCGGCCGUCACCGGCCUGCAGGGUUUGCCCAUCCGCAGCCUCGACCUGAGCUUUAACCAGAUUGAGAAGGUGAAUGGGCUGAAGAGCUUGAAAAAUCUGCAGAGGGUGGAUCUGUCCCACAAUAAAAUCAACAGCCUGCAAGGCUUGGAGGAGCACGACCUGCUGGAGGUGAUCAACCUGGAGGACAACCAGGUGGCUGAGCUGAGUGAGCUUCAAUGGAUUGAAGAUCUGCCUCUCCUCAGGGUUUUAAAUCUCCUAAAAAACCCUCUACAGAAAAAAGAUGGUUACUGGCUCUCAGCGAUUUUCAUGUUGCUCCAAGUCACAGAUCUGGAUCUCAAGAAGGUCUCGGUGAAAGAAAAGGUGGCUGCGGUGAACAAGGAGGAUCCUCCUCCAGAGGUGGUGGCUGCUGAAGAUCACCGGCUGCACCUUUUGUACGGCGCGCAGCAGCCCCAGCGCGUCCUGCCCAGCACCCUGCUCCCCCCGGAGCUGCCCUACCCCGUGCUGGUGCUGGUGGGGCCCGAGGCCGGCGGGAGGAGGGAACUCGCCCUCAAAAUCUGCAGGAAAUUCAGGAAUUUCUUCAGGUUCGGGCCCUGCCACACCACCAGGGAAGCUUAUUUUGGGGAAGAAAACAGAUUUGAUUAUUAUUUCGUUUCUCAAGAAGAAUUUGACAAAAUGGUGAAAGCGGGGGAAUUCCUGGCCACCUACAAAUACAGCGGCCACUGCUACGGGCUGGCACGAGCCACGGUGGAGUCCAUCGCCCGCGACGGGCUGGGCACCUGCGUGCACCUGGAGGUGGAGGGCGCCCACAGCUUGAAGAAGACCCACUUUGAGCCCAGGUACGUGCUGGUGGUGCCGACGGACAGACGGAAAUACCGGGAGCACCUGAGGAGGACGGGGCUCUUCAGCCGGCCCGAGGUGGAGGCGGCCGUGGCCAGGCUGGACACGUACCUGCGCCUCGGCCACGGCGGCCACGGCGGCUUCCACGCCCUCAUCAACAGCGAUGAGCUGGAGGAGGCAUUCACAGAGCUGACUCGCCUGGUCAGGGUCUACCUGGGCAUGGAGCCACUGGACGUCCCGGACAGCAUUCAGGGCUCCGGGAGCUGGGCAGGUUCCAGAAACGAGCCCUUCCCGGCGGGCAGAGGAGCGGCCGCGCGCCCUCGGGCUCCGUCCCGCGGCCACCGCGCCGAGCGUCCCCCCAAAACCGACCCCAGGAACCUCCUGGGAACGCUGGCGGCACCCCCCGGCUCCGCGCUGCAGAAUUCCAGGGCUGGGGCAUUUCCAGUGGAAGUGGGGCUGCGCCUCUGGGAUUCCUGCUGGGCACAUUCCCAAAAAAAGGUGAGGGAGCUGAGCUGGGGAGUUCUGGAGCUGAGGGAUUUGAUGGAAUAAAUAAUCCCAAAAACG